AGUGUGUUCGCAGUGGUUGCAGAUCAGAAGAGAAAUGGCAUCAGUUGAUGAGGACAACAUUGAAAAUCAAGCCAGGGGUGAGCCUUGUGGUGGACUGAGAAAAGAGCUGAAGGAAUGUCUCUUAGCAAGUGACUGUGUGAAAUUGGUAUGUUGAGAAAAAUAAGAGGGCUUACAAACUUAGAACUAAGCUUGUUACAUAUUGAAGAUGCAGCUGUUUAUUGAUGUGCACAGCCGACAUGAACUGAUACAUAAUUAUGAAACUAUAAAUACUCAUGCUAAAACAAAACUAACUAAUACUAUCCCUAAAACAUGUGUGAGAAAUGUUUUUAAACAAGAACGUCCUUACAGCGGCGUCCAGUCUCGCUUGCUUGGAGAUUAGAUCGAGAAAUGAGGAGGCGAUUAAUUCUACACGAAACAGGAUUUAAUGUUUUACCUCCAACUUUAUAGUCGUCAAUACUUUUUAUUUGUUUCUGAAUUGAUUAAGUGCGCAUGUUAGCGACGACCUGAAAUACGUCUGUGGUCGCAGGCUGUACGUGGGUAUAAAUACAUGAAAAUUCAAGGGCCUUGAGUCCAAAUAAAUUACAUCAUUGCCAAAGAUCAAAGGAGUGAUUUAUAUGGCACGUCAUUUCAAUCAUUGCCGAAACGGUCAGUGUAAAACGCAGACUGCGGACUGCAGACUGCAGACUGCGGACCAGGGGUAAAAUGCAGACUGAGUGUAAAAUGCAGACUGCAGACUAAGAGUAAAACGCAGACCGGGGUAAAAUGCAGACUGAGCAUAAACUGUAGUCGCGGAAGGGUUUAAGGGCAAAAAAAUCCCGCAAAUACAUGUAAACGAACACUUACUUGACGACAUCUGCUUUCACAAAUCCAUUCAGGACUUUCUUCUCUAGAACGUUGUCGACGACCCAAAAACAUAUAAUCGCAAUCUUGAACCUUUUUUCCGUCCGAGAGACCUCACGCUUCAAGUUUAGACGCGAAGUUUUCGAUAUACGUGACCAGGGACCGGGAAUUGUUACAACACCACGAUGUUUACGCUUAAAUGGAAGCUGCUGACCCAAAAUACUGUACUGGAAGAAUUAUGCUGAUAAAAAGGGAGUAAAUCAUUCCAACAACAAAGAAAGAUGUUCUGCAGGAAAUUUGGAUGACCUUCUAUGAAAGUAUUGCAAAUCAAGGUACACAGACUUAACCUGUUCGGAUUUUCAUUGAAACUUCUGGCGAAUGUGCAAUCCACUUCAACUGGGAAGCGAAGUGUGUAACUGAUACCGGCUAGCUAUUUCACUGAUUUGGAGAAGAAGGAGCAAAAAUGUUUAAAAAAGUCUACAGUCUUUAUUCUGCAUUUUACCCCAGUCUGCAUUUUACUCUCAGUCUGCAGUCUGCAUUUUACACUCAGUCUGCAUUUUACCCCUGGUCCGCAGUCUGCAGUCUGCAGUCCGCAGUCUGCGUUUUACACUGACCGAUUGCCGAAAAUAAACAGCAUGCUCAUCACAAGACUCAUUUGCAUACAGUGAAAGUUUACAACACCUGAUCAUCGCAGUUUUGCUAAUUAAGAUUCUUAUUUUUUUUCGACCACUCAGUAGUGUUCACUUUUUGUCAAAAGAGAUUAUGUCAAAAAUGCCUUGCUUACUGUUGUACAGAAAUCACUAUUUUUGUCUCUACUUAUUACAUAGAAUGAUGUGUUCAGGGUUGAUGAGGAGCCCUGGGGGUGGAUGGGGGAAAUAGACCAUCAUGUUGAAAAUAUUGGAAUCUCAGAGGUAUACGUGCGGACAGGGUUACUGGUAGAAUCAGCCGUGCAUGAUCCUGCUGUGAAUAUUUUCAGCUGAGAAAGAAUUUUAAAUUCUCGGAAGCAGAUAUUUUCUUACUGCAGUUAGACCAAAUUUAUAUUUUCCUCAUCUUUAGUGAUUACUGAUAGAUAUGCAAAUUAUCUGUAUCACAGGAAUGCUGUUCAGCAGCAUUAGUAGAUCAAGGGAUUUCUCAUUUAACAGUUACUAGUUUUCCAGAUGGUUAUUAUUUACAGCUGUUUCGGAUAGCACACGACCUGUGAUGACAAAAAUGUCUUUGGAUUCUGGGUUUUUCUGCGACAUCAAUCAAAAUCUGAAGAAUCGGUGCUUUCUCGCCUUCACAUCUUAGCGGACCUCUAAUUUAGGAAACAAAAGGUGAUGGUUUGUGAUUUGUGAUUGUUUGAUUUCGAUCCGUUUUGUGUGUUUCUAGGUUCGUUGUGUUUGGUGUUGUGUUUUUGAAAAGCACAGUAAGUUUUACCUUAACUCUAAUUUUUUUAUCCUCUUUAUACUGAAACAUGGCAAGUUUAAAUUGUUCCUAUAGAGCUUUCAAAUCCAGAAGAAACACAGAUAUGGGAGGGCGAAAAUGAAUCGGUACGUUCCUGCCAACAUUUACUUUUGCAGCUUCUGCUCAUUUAUAUUGCCGCCUUUAUUUGAUGAACACAGUGGAUGCUAUGGUAACAGAUCUUUGAUUGACUUCGUAGAAAAACCCAAAAUCCUAAAAUGUUUUUGACAAAUACAGGUUGCCCGUUAUUCGAAAAUCUGUAAAGUGAUGACAAUUUUAUUGUUGUUGGUAACUUACAAGUAACUUACUCUGAAGACCAGGUAUCAAACUAAUUCUAAGAUGGUCAAAGGCUUAAGUUUUCAUAGUAGUCUCACACUAGUCAGGCGGAAUUAGUAUAAUCAUAGCAUUAGAGAAUAACAAGAACUAUUAUCUUCUAAGAGAAUAAAAGGAACUAUUAAGCAGUAAUUAGAAGUUUUUGAGUCAUUUUUUGUUAAUCAAUAGCACUUGACAUUUCAUUCUUUGAUGUUUCUUAAAUGCACUGUUAAUACAGCAUGGGCUGAAACCGAGUAGUUGUUUAGAUGCAAAUGCGGCAGGUGUUGAUGAAGAAUGUAGAAAAGUCCAGUACGCCUUUUUUGAAUGCAAAAGAUCACUGGUAAGUUACACCUCUCAUACAAUAUCAUAGUUUAGUUUAUCAGUGUUUAAUAGAAAUUUUUUCUGACAAGAUAAGAAGGGGACACUCAAUUUUUGUUUUAACCCUUGCUUUAAUGAUAUCCAAAUACAAAUUAUCAAGGCUAAUCUCCAUACACUUCCUUAAAAAAUUAGUUGAGAGAAUUUGCUGAAAAAUCAAAGCAUUUUCCUCUAGGUAUCAUUCUGUUUCUUCUCAUAACCUGCUCUAUUGACUAUGUACUGAAAUUUUUCGGAGAAAAUUGAUGUUGAUUCACUCCUAAGACCCUCAAAAUAAAGAAAGAGUGUAAGUUUCUCAAAGGAGCUACAUGUGAACUAAAAUUUGGAGGACUCGAUCUUACUUUAUUUAACUUAUCUUAAUUUAUUGAACUUUAGAAUUGAUCUUCUUUAUUAGUCCAAUAAGAUGGAAUCUCUUGUCAUGUAAGGCAUCAUCCUAGUGAAUUCGGAUCUUUUUGAAACCCCAUAUUUAUUUUCCAGAAUCGGCAUCUGUCUGCAUGAAACCUGUGAAUCUGCUCAUCAAAACCGCAUCUUUUCUGUCUUUUUGAAACCGCUCUCCAGAGUCAUUAAAGACCCUGUUCAUAGGUAUGCGGGUUAAAGAAAAAAGGUUCAAAAAAUGUCUGGAUUCAUGUGGGCGAGGCCUUAUUCUCUUCUAAAAGGAGUGAGUUGGAAAGGUGUCCAAAUACCAACCAAGACACAUACAGGAUUGGGACUAUGACAGCCUUUAUUACAACAUAUAAAUAGGUAAUCACUCAAUAUAGGUACAAUGUUAAAAUGAAACAGGUAAUAAAACUACAAUCAUCAUCAAAAGUGUUGGGAGGGUUGCCUUUUUCACCUGUUCUUUUCCUUCCUCUCCCCGCCACUGGCCCAAUGUUGAUCAAAACGUUAAUGUUUGUGCGUGUAAUUGUUGUGUUAUAUCACAAAGUUAAUGUUUGUGCGCAUAAUUGUUCUGUUAUAUCCCAACAUUGAAUAGGGGGGACAGGGAAUAUUUAGCAAAAGAGGAAACUCUCUUUUUUCAGGAUUAAAAUGGACUACUGUUAAGUUGUACAACCUUUCCAACUACUUUUGUCUGUGAUUGUAGUUACACUCGUAUGGAACAAACAAAGGUAGACAUAAUUUGUAAAAACAGAAGACUGUCAGACAUAAAAGCUCCAUAAAGGAAAUGAGUAGACAACCAAAAACUACCCAGGGAGGGUAGGGUGGGAAAACUAGUAAAUGCUGCUACUUAUGACUGUUGCUACCCAAGUAUCUUGCAAGUGAGUCUAUAAGAUACUGGGCCCUGAAUUUACAUGUAUACAAGCGUGCUUGCACUUUUACAGUCAUUGAGUAUAAAAGCUGAUCGUAAAAACACUGGAUAUUUCGUGAGUAAAAUAACUUGAUAUGCCAGACGGAAUAGGACUCAAUCUAUGUAAAACUUGUAUGAAGGUAAAGGCUGUCUUAGUCCCAGUACCCCCAUGCUUGAUAUUUAGAACAUCAUCACAAACCUGAAGCCAACCGAAAAGAGUUAGGUAGAAAGGGAAAAAGAAGGGGCAUCGGGGAUAGAUGAAAAGACAUGGAUGGUUGGGCUUUAUGCAAAUUCACCGGUUCUUACAGCAGGCACUCCUUCUCCUACUCCCUUUCGCGUUUUUCUGCGUCCCAUCUCUCUUUUGCUCCUAACCUGCGUAGCAUGUGGGAGCAAGAAAGAACGUCGCCCGCCCGUUCUUUCUUGCGCCGACUACGGUGACUCCUUCCGUGUAUCGCUCGCGCGUGACUUCUGGCGAGAAACCCUAAUGGUGAGCCUCUCGCAGGAUUAACUAUCUGGUGGAGUAAUCCAUUUAAUAUUAAGACCUUUUUGUUCAUUUUUGGCAGCUGGAUUUUCGCACACGUUUCAGGGGAAGAAAAGGAUACUAAGAAGAAAAAGUGUUACGUAGAAAUUGAUGUCAUGUUUAUCACCUGGGUGCGGAGAAAGGAAAAUUUUCUAACUUGUACAUGUAUAAUUAUUUUUUAGUUGUAACCUAAUUUGCAAAGGCUCCGUCUCGUCACUCUAAGGAGAAUUAAUGAAAAAAACGAGCAAGAAAGUUGGAACAAUGUUAGUUAUCUUGAGUGACAGAGGCCAAUAGGUAAAGUUGAAUAAAUCUAUUUUACGUGGAAAUGUGUAUUCGGCCGCAUGUAGGCAGUUCUGUGCAGGAUGGUUCUGUAGAUGUGAAUGGUUACUUGGCUUAGAUUAACUUUAACGCGAUCAAAUUGGAUAAAACACAUCACGUACAGUUUUAGUCCACCAAAUGGUACAUGGAAAGAGGUUCGUUCGACUACUAACUAUGGUUCGUCUGUUCGUUCGUCCAGUUUUGGCUUUCCGACUGAAACAAAAUGCCAGAAAUUCAGUUGCGAGCAUUUAGCUAGGGCAACAACUUGCAAUAUUUACGAAAAAUAAAAACGUGGAAGGAUGUUUUCUUUUCUCAUGUCUAACGCUAGGUGUCCUCUAGUUUACGAGACAGUUGACACAUGUAACCAAGGGUAACGCAGUUUUGAUCAAAACAGAGUGUUUUUUUACAGUGAAAAGAGUUUUUUAAAAGCGUAUAGUGAGACUUCUUAUUAUGUUGGAAGGAAAACAAACCUUUUAUCAUUGUAAUUGGGUCAAAUCAUGCCACUUUCCGACUAAAUCGAGAAGCCAUGCAUUUUCCUUAUUAAGUCAAAUGAGCUUUCAGAGCUUCCUAAAAAGACCCCGUCGUACGCAUUUUUACAUUCGGCUAAGAGCGAAAAUUUUUUAGUUAAAAUUGGUCUUUUUUGUGAUAUAUUAAUAUUUGUCUAAU